AACAUGGCUUCAUCUUUUCUCUGCUUCACCCUCCUCUUCAUCAGCAUCCACAAUGCAGAUGGAUUUUUAGAGUAUAUGGUGGAUCGCUGUGACUUUAACUCCACUGAGCUUGAGAACAUGGAGUACAUCUACUCUCACUAUUACAACAAGAUGGAGUACAUCAGGUUCAGCAGCAAUGUGGGGGAGUAUGUUGGAUUCACUGAGUAUGGAGUAAGGCUGGCGGAGGUCUGGAACAAUGAUACUGCAGACCUGAAUUUAAUGAGACUUAAGAUAGCAACAUACUGCCAUCACAACAUUGAUAUUAAUGAUCGGGCUAUUCUGACUAAAUCAGUCCAGCCCACUGUCAGAAUUAAGUCCAUGACCCCGCCUUCUGGUCAGCAUCCUGCCAUGUUGGUCUGCAGCGUUUACGACUUCUUUCCCAGUAAGAUCAAAGUGAGCUGGCUCAGAGAUGGACAGGCCGUGUCUUCUGAUGUCACUUCCACUGAAGAGAUGCCAAAUGGUGAUUGGUACUACCAGACCCACUCCCAACUGGAGUACACACCCAGGUCUGGAGAGAAGAUCUCCUGUGUGGUGGAGCACGCCAGCCUGAAGGAACCUCUGAUCACUGACUGGGAUCCGUCCUCGGACAAAUCAACAUCUGAAUCAACUACGCUGAUCGCCAUUGGAGCCUCUAUACUGACCCUGGGUCUGAUUUUACUUCUGGCUGGAUUUAUUUUCUACAGGUGGAAGGCCCGAGAUCCUACACUGUUUUCCAAUGAAUGAGGCAGGAUCCUGGUU